UGAUUACUUACAGCAGCAGGACGAUGUGUGUGUGUGUGUGUGGGUGUCUCCAAUGCAGGAGGAGAGGCAUGGCAGGCCUGGCUCCGGCCCGACUCUGACGUCCUGGGUGCAGGAGCAGCAGAGGCGUCACCCCACUAAGAUCCUCAGCCUGGUGGUCAUCGACCUGGAGAAAUAUUUCAGAUCCCAAAAGUCUCAAAGCCAGAAGCGGUUUCGCGAGGCAGUCACGGGUGAGGAGCGCGGAGGAGGAGGACAAGUGAAGAAGAGGAGGAAGAAUGGUGGAGCGAACGUACUACCUGAGGUGUCACGAGUUGAACUAGAGGAGGCCGUGGUGCAUCUCCAGCUCCACAAUGGUGUGACUGUUUGCUUCUUAUCAACCUGGAAGGACUUCUGUGAUCACAUCACCAUGACAACCAAAGCUGUUGCCGAAGCCCCUUUCAAGCGAGAGCGGGAGAAGACGGGCUUCUCGUUCCACCUGGAGAGCGAGUGGGCGGGGGGGCAGCGGGUGGAUAAAGCUGGGAAGGGACUGCUGCAGGUGUGGAAGAGACAGAUCCAGCAGUUUAACAGAGUCAGUCCAGACAUGGCCUCAGCCAUCCUGGCAGCGUAUCCCUCCCCACAGCUGCUCAGGAAGGCUUACGGCCUGUGUAAGAGUGAGCGUGAGAGGAUCUCCCUGCUGUCUGACCUUCUGAUCCGAAGAGGAGAAGGCGUCACCUCAACGACUCGCCGCGUCGGCCCGGAGCUUUCCAAACGCCUCUUCCUGCUGAUGAACUCCUGUGAUCCUGAGCAAACUCUGGACUCCACCGUCUGACCUGUGGAAAGAGAUUUCUCUCAUCUUUACACUCUGACAGUUUCUGUUUGGUAUUGA